AUUUUUUAAUCGCCAUUGUUACUCACUAAUCAUAAUGACUUACUAACUACAUCCAACCUCGGUAACACUUAUUUCAUUAUAAUAACGCGCAAUCAAUCCAGAUGACAAGCAACAAAGUCAAGCUCUUUUGCAUUCUUGAUGGCGAUUCUUCAGCAUUUGAAGUCAAACUGGACGCCGACGAUUCAAUCGCUGCUCUCAAGAAGGCAAUCAAAAAGGAGAAGGAACCCGAGUUUGACGAUAUUGCAGCCGAUAAGCUCAAUCUCUGGCUUGUCUCACUCCCUUCUGCACCCAAAAGACAAAUCGCGCUUAACAAUCUGACCGCCAAUGAAGAGUCAAGGAAGAAGCCAGAGGAACUUGAAGACUCAACAUGCGAGAUUUCUGACGUCUUUGGAGCAGCGCCACCCAAGAAAACCAUUCACAUCAUUGUUCAGCGGCCAUUGGCAGUGAUGGCGCGUCUAAUUGCCUUAUUUCUUUUUUUUUUAAUUAAAAAAAAAAGGGGCACAUAGCCUUCCCGCUGUUCAAGCGCCGCAGUCAAGCCGCUUAUCUCUGUCCCCUCCUCCCUCAAGGCCAACCUCACCAUCUCAAGAUCUGGAG